AUGUACGCCCAGCGUCUUGCGUCUCUUCUCUUCCUGCACGCCUGGUGGGCUCUGCUGCAGGCGGGCGCCGCGACCCUGGCUACAGAGCCCCUGUAUGCGCCGAAGCAACCCUCGUCGCCCACCUCUCUUGCAAUCAUGCUGAGCCUCUACCGCGACCCUCUGCCGCGCGCCGACAUCAUCCGCAGCCUGCAAGCGCAAGAUGUCAAAGUGGCCGGACAGAACUGGAGUUUUGCUUUUGACUUCUCCUUCCUGAACCAGGAGGAGGAGCUGGUGUGGGCUGAGCUCCGGCUGCAGCCGUCCAGCCCUAGGGACUUCCUGGCCGAAGGCCCGCUCACCGUGGAGAUCUUCCACCAGUCAAAGGCAGAUGCAGAGCAGGACCCAGCUGGCUGCUUGGAGCGUCUUCGGAUGGAGCUGUUCACCGUCACACUGUCCCAGGUCACCUUUUCCUCGGGCAGCAUGGUCCUGGAGGUGACCAGGCCACUCUCCAAGUGGCUGAGGCACCCCAGGGCACUGGAGGAGCAGGUGUCCAGUUUGGAUAGAGUGUGCUUACAGCCAUCUCCUGGCCCACCCAGCACCGACUCUGCCCCCAGUGUCGUCCUGAUGCUCCACUCCAACCUCUCUCGGGAGCAGAGACGGUUGGGCGGCGCCACCUUGCUGUGGGAAGCCGAGAGCUCCUGGAGGGCACAGGAGGGUCAGCUCGCCCAGGAGAAGAACAGGAGGCGCCGACGGCAUCACGUGCCGGACAGAAGCCAGCUGUGUCGCAAGGUCAAAUUCCAGGUGGACUUCAACCUCAUCGGCUGGGGCUCCUGGAUCAUCUACCCCAAGCAGUACAACGCUUACCGCUGUGAGGGAGAGUGUCCUAACCCAGUAGGGGAGGAGUUUCAUCCAACCAACCAUGCCUACAUCCAGAGUCUGCUGAAGCGUUACCAGCCCCACCGAGUCCCCUCCACCUGCUGUGCCCCGGUGAAGACCAAGCCGCUGAGCAUGCUGUACGUGGACAAUGGCAGAGUGCUGCUGGACCACCAUAAGGACAUGAUUGUGGAGGAAUGUGGGUGCCUCUGA